UAUACUCGAUCUGACAUUUAGCUCGGAGGUAUCAGUUCAAUCCAUCAAGUGUUGUUAAAAGACUUAAAUAGGCUACAUUAAAGUCAAAACAGGUUCGUAGUUAUCCACUGAGAAGGUUUGUUCAACCAAAAUAAUUCCGAAGUUAGGUCUCUUAAAGAGCAUGCUAGAAGCAACGGAACUCACCCUACCCGUCCCCUGGGGCCACGUAUCAGCGAUAUCCUGGGGAUCGUCAAAAAAUCCUCCAGUGCUGGUAGUGCACGGUAACCAGGACAACGCAGGGGCCUUUACGCGCCUUAUCGAACUCCUCCCCGAGACCUAUCACUACGUCGCCAUCGACCUCCCCGGGCACGGUCUCUCCUCCCACUUUCCCCAGGGAAUGAACCUCGAUUUCUUCAAUUUCGUCCUAACGCUCCGCUACGUCCUGGACGAGCUCAAUUGGAAACACUGCUUUUACCUAGGGCACAGCUUCGGGGGACAGAUUGGCGUCAUGUUCUCCAUUUUAUUCCCCGGCAGACUCCAGAAGGUGGUUACCAUCGAUGCCCUGAUGAACAAUGGAUUUUCACCAGCUGAAACUGUUGAGAGGGUGAAGAUUACCCACGGAGCGACUCUUUUUGCUGUGGGGAAGAAGCAAUCUCAACUCUACACAGGUGAAGAGGUCCUCGAUGCCCUCAUGAACAAGAGGCAAUUCAAGUUGAAUAAAAAGGCUGCGGAGGCCCUGAUGGUCAGGGCUGUCACCAAAGUCGGUGACAAGUACAGGUACAACCGGGACGUGAGGUUGAGGGUUCAUGUGGGACUCUACUUCAACGAUGAACAGAAUUUACAAUUCUUCAGCCACCUUGACACUCCGGUGCUCUUCCUCCACCCCAAAAAUUCCUACUUUGGACUUUUGAGCAAAAUGUACAUGGCGGAGAUGUACAAGGAGAAGUUUCCUAAGUUUGUGACAGUGGUUCCUGUCGAGGGGAAUCACGAUGUUCAUAAUAAUGCACCAGAGAAUAUCGCAUCGUAUAUUGUGGCUUUCUUCGAGGAUACCACCAAGUGUAAAUUGCAGGAGGUGGAGGACAAAUGCCAAAAAAUGUCCAUUCAAUGAACUUAAUAUAAAGAAUAAAAUCAUUUUCCUAUCGUGCAGCUGGUAAUUAAACCCUAGAAAAUUUAAUGGACUUUGACUAAGGAACUGCGUAUGGGGCAGAAUGAGACCUGGAAUAAAGUUGCAGCAGUAGAAUUAUGAAAACUCAAUUUCCAAGUCGACCGUUCGAGGGCUGAACCUUUCACAAAGGUCUAAAAUCGGCAGGAGAGUUAUAUUUUUCAUAAUUUUGUACUUGUUUUUUCAAAAGAAUAACCGAUUGUCUUGUUAAAAAAUAUCAUUAAAAAAUCUUCUAUAAUACAA